AUGGAUCGCUCACAGGAACCCGAUCGCGCAGCAGAAACAUCAGAGCUCGCCAACUACUUUUCAAAGUUCUCGGCAGCACUGACACAACUGGACGAGGAGCUCGCCAGGUGGAAGAACUACGAAUCUGAUUAUCAGGCUCUCAAAACCACCCUCUUGGACCUCCCCAAGGAGAUCUCCCAUCCCGUCAUGGUGCCCAUCGGUAAUUUGGCGUUCAUGCCUGGAAAGAUUAUCCAUACGAACGAGGUUCUGGUGAUGUUGGGCGACAACUGGUUUGUUGACCGGUCUGCUGUCCAAGCAGCGGAAAUUGUUGAAAGGCGCAUGGAGUUGGUGCAGGAAAACAUUGAAAAGCUGAAGGCACAGGAGGAUGAGAUUCGCAACAAGAGUGGCAUGGCUCCAGGACUCCUUGGAGGACAGGAGUACAACGAAGAAGGACUGCCAAUUGUUGAGAUCACGGAACCUUACUUUUCGGACGACGAAGAGGAAAAGGCUGCCAAGGCCAAGAAGACUCAGGGCAAGCGCGGUUCUCAAAAGACAGCCGAGGAGCAGGCAAGGGACAAGGCUAUGCUGGAUCGUAUCGCUGAACUGGAACUUCAGGACGAGGAAGAGGAACAGGAACGGCGUGGCGACGCUGGUGAAGGAGAUAAGGAUGCUGAUGAAAAGGAGGAGGAGAAGAAGAAGGAUACGAAUGUCAAUACAGAGGAGAAGAAGGAUACGGAUGUCAAUACAGAGGAGGCGGCAACGAACGUCGAAAUAGAGGGGGCAACGGGUGCCAAAACGGAGGAUGCUCAGAUUUUGCCCGGUUCUCAAAAGACGCCUGAGGAACAAGCGAGAGACAGAGCCAUUUUGGAUCGGAUUGAAGAGAUGGAGCGCGAAGAUGACGAAAGGGAGCGCCGUCGUGAGGCUGGCGAGGACGUCACAUCGGACGAAGAGACAGAGUCAGACGAGUAUGAGGAUGUAGAUGAUGAUGGCGAGAGUGAGGAUGAAUUCAGACCUAAGGCUCUGGAUUCGGACGAGGAAUAUGAGGAGGAAGUCUGGGAGCACUCUGGAAACGAGGAGGAUGAAGAAGAAGAGGAGGUCGCGCUGGUUCAAGGAUCAAGUGGAGGGGCUGCUGCACGGAAGACGAAGAAGGGUGUGCAUUUCGCCGAACAUAUGUCCAAGACCAAGAGGUUCGACGCCAUGUCUGCUCCUAGUCAGGUCCGCUCAGCAACCACCGCACCUCCAGGACCACACCCUACUCCUUUGGCAACAGCAGCAGCUACAGCUACAGCAGCAGUAGCCAAGCCUAAACCCAAAUCGCCUGCGGACUUGUACAACCAGAUGAGAGCCAAGCAACAGUCGGUCCGGGCAGCAGGAUCGGACCAAAUUGUUAACAUGGCGAACCUGGAAUCGACCUUUGCCAACAUGACGGCAGCAGCGGGAGGAUCUUCAGGACUUGGCAAGGCACCCGUCUUCGAGACUCCAUCAGCGGAACCUGAGGCAACCUCACUCAAAUCGGCGUUGAAGCCUGCACCCAAGAAGGUUUCAUUGUUCAAGCAGGCAAGAGCACAGACAGAGACACCCGCUGUCGUGGAGAUGGAGGUCGAGCAAGAGCCAGUCCCAGCACCGGCACCAAAAAAGAUGUCCAGGUUUGCCCAAAGUCGCGCAGCAGCAGCAGCAGCUGGAGGAGGAGGAGCAGCAGCGGGAACGGUUCAGGAGCGUACCCCGGCCAAACCUGCAGUUGGAGGCAUUUCAGACAGUGUCGUUGAGCGUAAAGCCCCUACUCCCAGUUUCAAGUCAGCCCCAGGGGUGUUCGAGGUGGUUGAAAGGAGUGUACCCGUAGUCGUCAAGGACGUUGUGCCUCCUUCCCCGGCACCAGUGCCAAUUACCGGUAUCAAGGAUAUGGUCGAGAACACGUUCACAAAGCCAGUCGCCUCAAGCGCUGCUGUCGAGCCAACAUCAGGUGGACGCCGCAAAACGUCUUUGUUCCGCCAGCAACAGCAGAGAUCCAGUAUGGAGCCAGAGCCAGCAGUUCCAGGAAGAAACGUUCUUCUAUCGGACGAGCCAUCGAAGGAGGAAGAGGUCGUCAGUCGGCCAAGGGCAACAGCCCCGGCAGUGGUGUCACGAUCCGCCUCGAGCGGCGUGGUUGUUGAGAGGGAACCUCCAGUAGUUGUCAAGGCAUCAGCAAAGAGUACAAAAGCCAAGGCCAAGGCUGAGCCUGCUAUGCGCACGAUCCCUGCUGUGGAAAGCUCCAAGCUCAAGGACACUGCUCUCCUGAAAGGCGCUGUUGUCGAGCGUGAUACGAUCGAGCCCGUAGACGAAGAAGAACUGGAGGAGGAUAUGCUAAUGCGUCAGGUUGUGAGUGAGUAUCAGGAGCGCCGACAGGCAAUGAUUGCUCAGUAUGGUGCAUUUACACGCGAUGACAUUGAGGAAAUAUGGGAGAAACAAGUGGUGAUCCCUCCGGGUAUGAUUAUCCCUGAGGCCGAGGUCAUUGGAGUGUAUGAUGAAGAUCAAGACGACGAGGAUGAGGAAGAAGACGAGGAAGAAGAGGAGGAGGAAGUAAAGCCUGAAGUUGUGGAUGACAGGAACGUGCCACCCAAGAAGCUGUCCUUGUUCCGUGCCUCCAGGCUGACUGGAUCAUUAGCCAAGCAAGCGAAAGAAUAA